AUGGUAAAAGAAUACCAGGAAAGGGGUUCCUAUACACAUAAUGGAAAAUGUUAUGACACUCGAGCAGAAUUUCCAAGAGAAGGGACUCCAACGGUGGAGCAGAGGAAAGGGAAGGCGGUGGAAUCUAAACCAUUGGUAAAUAAACCAAUAAAAGAUGAGGAAGCAAAAGAGUUUUUGAAGUUUUUGAAACACAGUGAAUACAGUGUUGUGGAGCAACUGCACAAACAACCAGCCCGUAUUUCUUUAUUAGUUUUGCUCCUAAGUUCAGAAGUACAUCGAAAUGCACUAAUGAAAGUACUAAACGAAACAUACGUGGCCGAGGACAUCUCAGUCAAUAAAUUGGAUCGUUUGAUCAAUAAUAUAAGUGCUGACAAUUUCAUAUUCUUCAAUGAUGACGAAAUACCGUCUGGAGGUAGGGGUUCUACUAAGGCUCUACACAUCACUGCCCGAUGUCAGGGGGACACAAUACCGGGGGUUUUGAUUGAUAAUGGAUCCGCAUUGAACGUAUUGCCUUUGUCCACUCUUAAUCGAUUACCUAUGGAUAGUUCACAUAUGAAACCCUGCCAGAAUAUAGUAAGGGCAUUUGAUGGAACAGAAAGAAGAGUUGUAGGAAGAAUUGAAAUACCGUUAAGAAUUGGCCCAAUUACUUAUGGGGUGGACUUUUUAGUAAUGGAUAUUAAGCCUUCCUACAAUUGUUUAUUGGGGAGACCGUGGAUACACUCUGCUAGGGCAGUGCCUUCAUCGUUACAUCAGAAGGUGAAGCUAAUAUUAGAGGGUCGAUUGGUGACAAUAAAUGCGGAGGAGGAUAUUAUCGCAAUGGUAACGGGUGAUGCGCCUUAUGUAGAGACCAAUGAUGAGGCAGUGGAAUGUUCUUUCCGAUCCUUAGAAUUUGUGAACACAAUGUUUACCGCUGAAGGAAACAGGAUCCCGGUACCAAAGAUAUCCAAGACUACUGAAAUGUGUCUGCAGUUGUUGGUAGGAAGAGGAGCUUUGCCAGGAAAAGGGUUGGGAAAGUACUUGCAAGGAAGGGUUGAAGCACCCAUGCUGAAAGGGAAGUUCGAUCAUUUUGGCUUAGGUUACAAGCUAGAUUUGAAACAAAGGAGAAAAGAAGUAGAGAAAAGGCAAGAGAGAAUAAGGGCACGACUAAGUGGAGAGGAAGUCAAGUGGGAGCCUUUGACCUUCCCUCACAUAUCUGAAUCCUUUGUGUCAAGGGGAUUUAUUUAUCCUGAGCGAGGGGUGUCCAGAAGUGAAGGCAUUGAAGGAAUGUUGGAGAAAGUUCAUAUCAAUGCUAUAGAGACAGCUGAAAGAAGGUCCUUGCUGGAGAUCAGCCCAUACAAACCUGGGAGUGAGCUAAACAAUUGGACUGUGGAAGAAAUACCUGUAGUCUUUGGAGUAUAUGCAGAGUAA